AUGUUCACGAAUGACCCAUCUUUGGCAGAGGCCUACCAUGAGGGCUUCCGCGCCCAAGCAGCCAAGUGGCCGCACAACCCACUGGACGGGGUAAUCAGUUGGCUGAGGAAGGAGGUGCCCAAGGAGGCUGUGAUCGGCGACUUUGGCUGCGGCGACGCACGGCUCGCGCUAGAGCUGAGCAAGCGGAAGGUUCAUUCCUUCGACCUCGUCAAGAUCAACGAGAGGGUUACAGCCUGCAACCUGGCUCACGUGCCGCUGUCCAGAGCGUCGCUGGACGUGGCCAUCUUUUGCCUGGCACUGAUGGGCACAGAUUGGAUCAAGUUCGUGGAAGAGGCACACCGCUGUUUGAAGCCGGGAGGUCUCUGCCACAUUGUGGAGGUGGAGUCCAGAUUCGCCGAUGUGCAAGCUGUCGUCAGGACGAUAGAGGCAGUGGGCUUCCAGCGCCUCUUCGUGACUCCUGGGAGCUUCUUCGUGGAGCUGCGCUUCAAGCGCAGCAAGAGCGAGGAGCCCACGGCGGGAUCUUCACGCAAGAAGGUCGGCAAGAAGCGCAAGAAGGAUGUGGACGGAGGUGCUUGA